CUUGAAAUCGGUUAAGAAAACUGGGCAUAUACAGAAAACACAGCCAUGGCUGCCCGGAAAUGGGUGGGGGUGUUUGAGCGGGUGCUCUGGGGACUGGGGGCCAAAAGGGGAGCCAGCCUGGCUGUCCUGGGGCUGUGCGUGUUUCUCCUAACCAGCGCCACGCACGCGAACUCCCUGAACGCCAUCGAGGAGCCCGUCACCCGGCGCCAUCACCAGCGGCAUCACGAGCGGGAACGGGAACGGGAGGAGAACGGCUACUGCGCUCCCUACAGCGGCAAGGUCUGCAAGGAGUACCUCAACGGCCAGGUGUGGUACAGCUUGGAAGAUCCCACCGGCGGCUGGAAGAACGAGCAGGUGACCACGGCUCUGUGGGACGAGCUCAUCUCGGAUCUUACGGGUCUGUGUCGCGAGGCAGCCGAGAAAAUGCUUUGCGCCUACGCCUUCCCCAACUGCCAUAUGGAGGGAGGUCGGGCUGUGAAGGCUCCACUCUGCUUCGAGGACUGCCAGGCCACGCACCUGCAGUUCUGCUACAACGACUGGGUGCUCAUCGAGGAGAAGAAGGAGCGCAACAUGUUCAUCAAGAGCCGGGGACAUUUCCGACUGCCCAACUGUUCCGCCUUGCCACACUACAACGCCUCCAUGCGGCGACCCAACUGCUCCUACAUCGGUCUCACCGAACUCAAGGAGUCAGAAGUGAGCUAUGACUGUCGCAAUGGCAACGGGCGCUUCUACAUGGGCACAGCGAACGUGUCCAAGUCCGGCAUUCCCUGCCAGCGCUGGGACACUCAGUACCCGCACAAGCACUUCCAGCCUCCCCUGGUCUUUCAUCAGCUCCUGGAGGGUGAGAACUACUGCCGAAAUGCUGGCGGCGAGGAACCACAUCCCUGGUGCUACACUGUGGAUGAGUCUGUGCGCUGGCAGCACUGCGAUAUACCCAUGUGUCCGGAUUAUGUAGACCCGAAUGCCGGCGAUUUGAACACUCCCAUCAAGAUGGAAAAGUUCUUCACGCCCUCGAUGAUUUUCCUGCUGGCUGGGAUUGGUUUUGUGGCCAUUGUGGCCCUGCACUUAAUAAUUCUGCUCGUCUACAAGCUCUCCAAGCACAAGGACUACUCUCAACCGCCAGGAGCAGCCACUGCCGAUUGCAGUGUUUCCAUGCGAGGCGGAGGAGAAUGUGGCGGUAAUCUAAACACCAGCAGGGAAACCCUCGGAGGCAAUGGGAACACAAACACCUUAGCCAAGUGGGGCACCAUCCGGAGCACGGCCACGGUUCACAGCAACUGCGUGGCCCUCACCACGGUGACCAAUGUGCCGGAUCAGAAGGGCUCCAAACCAAAUGCACGCCUGGAGAAGCUGGAAUACCCACGUGGGGAUAUAGUUUAUGUGCGAUCCCUGGGGCAAGGAGCCUUCGGUCGCGUCUUCCAGGCUAGAGCUCCUGGGCUUGUCCCGGACCAGGAAGACCUGUUGGUGGCCGUGAAAAUGCUAAAGGACGACGCCAGUGAUCAGAUGCAGAUGGACUUCGAGCGCGAGGCCUGCCUGCUGGCCGAGUUCGACCAUCCCAACAUCGUCCGGCUGCUGGGCGUGUGCGCCUUGGGCCGGCCCAUGUGCCUGCUGUUCGAGUACAUGGCGCCCGGUGAUCUCAGCGAAUUCCUGCGUGCCUGCUCCCCGUAUGCCACUCACCAGGCGCCGGCACGGGAUCGCCUGCAGCUGAACGAGCUCCACCUGCUGCAGAUGGCCGCCAACAUAGCGGCUGGAAUGCUGUAUCUAUCGGAGCGCAAGUUCGUCCACCGUGACUUGGCCACGAGGAAUUGCCUGAUCAACGAACACAUGGCGGUGAAGAUCGCCGACUUUGGGCUUUCGCACAAGAUCUAUCUGCAGGACUACUACAAGGGCGACGAGAACGACUUCAUUCCGAUCCGCUGGAUGCCGCUCGAGAGCAUCCUGUACAACAAGUUCUCGCUGGAGUCGGAUGUGUGGGCCUACGGCAUCUGUCUGUGGGAGGUCUUCUCCUUCGCCCUGCAGCCUUACUUCGGUCUCACCCAUGAGGAGGUAAUCAAGUACAUCAAGGAGGGCAAUGUGCUCGGCUGUCCGGACAACACGCCGCUCUCCGUCUACGCGCUGAUGCGUCGCUGCUGGAACCGCAAGCCGAGCGAGCGUCCGGGCUUCGCCGAGAUCAACCACUGCAUUCAGCACAGCAUCGCCGAAAGCGAGUGCAAGGCGAUGCUUUAGAGGAUUGCCGGAGGAGACAAUGAAAUUAAUCCGUGUACCAGAGAACGAUCGUCCGCCGUCUUCCGGGGCAUCCAAUAGAACUUUAUAUAGACACUUGGGUGGG